GUAGCUUAGAAUAUUUUGGAAAAGCUGCAACGCUGGUGAAGACUGUCGGGAGAAAGCACAUCCAGUGAAUGUUGUCACAUGACAACUCCUGUCGACAACCAGGAAGUGAGAAGGCGGUGCUUUGAAGGGCUGGUGGGCUGAUCAAAAUUAAGCAUCCACCAUGACAGCCAUCAAGCACGCUCUCCAGAGGGAUAUCUUCACGCCCAACGAUGAGCGUCUCCUCGGCAUAGUAAAUGUUUGCAAGGCAGGAAAGAAGAAGAAGAACUGCUUCCUAUGUGCCACAGUUACCACGGAGAGGCCUGUACAAGUUAAAGUGGUUAAAGUGAAAAAAUCGGACAAAGGCGACUUCUACAAGAGGCAGCAGACGUGGGAGCUCCGAGACCUUACAAUAGUGGAUGCUAAAGAUGCAAGCAAAGAAAAUCCUGAGUUUGAUCUGCAUUUUGAGAAGGUCUACAAGUGGUUGGCUAGCAGUACAGCAGAGAAGAACUCCUUCAUUUCCUGUAUUUGGAAGCUGAACCAGCGUUAUCUGAGGAAGAAGCUGGAGUUUGUCAAUGUCAGUUCUCAGCUGCUUGAAGAACUUCCUAAAGCGGAAGAGUCAGUGCCAAGUGGUGAGAGUCAGAGCGUUGCAGGAGGUGAUGAAGAUGCCCUGGAAGAGUACCAGGAGCUCAGCACUCGUGAGGAGCAGGACAUCGAGAGCAUGAUGGAGAUGUGCGAGUAUGCCGUCUCCAAUGCGGAAGCUUUUGCAGAGAAGCUCUUCAAGGAGCUUCAGGUCUUAGAUGGGGCCAACAUUCAGUCCAUCAUGGCGUCAGAGAAACAGGUCAACAUCCUGAUGCAGCUCCUGGAUGAGGCUCUGGCAGAGGUGGACACCAUCGAGGGAAAGCUGAGCAGCUAUGAGGAGAUGCUUCAGAGCGUCAAAGAUCAAAUGGACCAGAUCUCUCAGAGCAACCGCCUCAUUCAGAUCAGCAACACCAACAACGGCAAGCUGCUGGAUGACAUCCAGUUCUUAGUGAACUAUAUGGACUUGUCAAAAGGACACAUCCGGGCAUUGCAGGAGGGAGACUUGACCUCGCCUAGAGGUAUAGAGGCCUGCAUCAGUGCCUCCGAAGCUCUGCUGCAGUGCAUAAAUGUGGCUCUACACCCUGGCCAUGAGCAGCUGGCAGCUGUUAACCAGCAGCAGAAACUGUUCUCUGAUCUGAGAGAUACUUUUGCUCGUCGACUCACCAAUCAUCUCAAUAAUGUUUUUGUUCACCAGUUCAACCACUUCAGUUACUUCAAAAUGACCAUCCCUCAGUAUUAUAGGUCUUCCUGUCUGUCACUUCCAGGGCAUGAUCAAAGCUCCACCUUGUCACAGAACAGUGCGGAGCUGACCCUGCCCAAACACAGCCCCCUCCACAGGGACCUGUUGCGCUACGCCAAGCUUAUGGAGUGGCUGAAAAACACCCAGAGGGAGAAGUAUGAAGGCCUGUCGAGGACUUAUGUCGAUUAUAUGAACCGACUGUAUGAGCGAGAAAUUAAAGACUUCUUUGAGGUCGCCAAAAUCAAAAUGGCGGGUACAUCCAAAGAAGCGAAGGGCAAGUUUGCCACGCUUCCUCGGAAAGAGAGUGCACUCAAACAGGAAACAGAAAGCCUGCAUGGCAGCUCUGGGAAGCUUACGGGCUCCACUUCAAGCCUAAACAAGCUGACUGUGCAGGGCUCCAACAGCCGGCGAUCCCAGUCUUCCUCCCUGCUGGACAUGGGCAACAUGUCCGCAUCUGACCUAGAUGUAGCAGACAGGACCAAGUUUGAUAAGAUAUUUGAACAGGUCCUGAGUGAGCUGGAGCCUCUGUGUCUUGCAGAACAAGACUUCAUCAGCAAAUAUUUUAAGUUGCAGCAGCACCAGACUGUUUUGCCUCCUCUCGCACAGCCUGAAACAGAAGAGGCGGAUGGAAGCAUCCAGUCAAAAAUUCCUCCCCAGGCUGAUCACCGACACUCCUUGUCAUCAGAGAAAGACAUGGUGCGGCUGAUGAUGAAUAAAAUCUUCCAGAGCAUCGAACCUGAGCUCAACAGCCUGAUCGCUCUGGGCGACAAGAUAGACAGCUUCCACUCUCUGUACAUGCUGGUGAAGAUGAGUCACCAUGUGUGGACUGCUGAGAACGUUGAUCCAGCCUCUUUCCUCAGCACUACCCUGGGAAAUGUGCUGGUCACUGUAAAGAGGAACUUUGACAAAUGCAUUUCCGGUCAGAUUAAACAGAUGGAAGAAGUGAAGAUUUCUAAGAAAAGCAAAGUUGGGAUCCUGCCUUUUGUCACAAGAUUUGAAGAGUUUGCUGAACUUGCUGAGACAAUCUUCCGUAAUGCAGAGCGCAGAGGAGACCUGGAUAAAGCCUAUGUGAAGCUUAUCAGAGCUGUUUUCAUGAACGUGGAGAAGGUUGCCAGUGAAAGCCAGAAGACACCCCGGGACGUUGUCAUGAUGGAAAACUUCCACCACAUCUUUUCCACAUUAUCACGUCUAAAGAUUUCCUGCCUGGAUGCAGAGAGACGGGAGGCCAAGCACAAAUACACAGACCAUCUGCAGUCUUAUGUAAUCAACUCCCUUGGUCAGCCACUGGAGAAACUCAAUCAUUUCUUUGAAGGGGUUGAGGCACGUGUGGCUCAGGGCGUACGUGAGGAGGAGGUGAGCUACCAGCUGGCUUUCAACAAACAGGAGCUGCGUAAAGUUAUCAAAGAGUAUCCUGGCAAAGAGGUGAAAAGGGGUCUUGACAAUCUUUACAAAAAGGUGGACAAACAUCUGUGUGAGGAGGAAAGUUUACUGCAGGUGGUGUGGCACUCCAUGCAAGACGAGUUCAUCCGUCAGUACAAGCACUUUGAAGGUUUGAUAGGGAGGUGUUAUCCUGGAUCUGGAAUCACCAUGGAGUUCACCAUCCAGGACAUUUUGGAGUACUUUUCCAGCAUUGCCCAGUCCCAUUAGUUUAGCUGCUAAACACAGUCCCUUAAUGAUUCAAAACUGCCUCAUAUUGGCUGAACAUUUAUUAACUACCGUGCUUGAAGUAUAAUCAUUUCGUGUUUAUGACUGUUUCAUUAGAAGGGAAUAUGUACAAUGAGUGGCUCUGCAGACGUUGCAACACUACUUGUGUUCUUGUAUGUUUUGCUUGAGCAGUCAGUUCUUCCAUACACUAAUUUGUUUGUCACAUUUCUAUUUCAGCAUGUCUUGUACAAAAUAAAUUUGCACUUGAAGCAUCCCUGCAAUAAUCUAUUUCAA